AUGGUGGGAGCGCUGAUAAGGCGGAUUAAAGCAAUGUUAACUGCGUCAUCAUACAGUGAAGCUAGAUCUUUGACGGCUGCGCUGGUGUUGUGUGCAGCAACGAGAAUGUGUGUGGUCGACCAGAGGACGGUUAUGUCCUGCUCUAUGCAGCCCGCGUUGGCAUUUGGUGAUCGGGUGCUGGUGGACAAGGCAUCUAUAAUUUUGGGGAAGCUACCUGGUCGACCACCGGGUUUGGGUCUACGCCGUGGCGAUAUCGUGAUCUUCUCACCGCCAGAAGCCUCCAGAAAUAUGUACGCUGAGCUCCUUCGAUUAGCAAGUGGGGCAACGACCGCCACACCAAACCCAGUCGGGGACAGAAGAAAAGGACACAUUCUGUCGCUGACACGGUGCGAGCGUAGGCGGAGCCCGCUAAACUCAUCGUUGGACUUUACAAAGCGUGUGGUGGCCGUAGCAGGAGACCAUGUUGCUGUCAGAAGAGGCGUGCUCUACGUGAAUGAGAGUCCAGCGGACGAACGUCAACGCUCCGCGCGGGCCAGCUAUUCUUUUGGGCCAACCGUGGUGCCGAAGGACCACAUCAUUGUGCUUGGAGACAAUCGAGAUGCGAGUUUUGAUUCUCACGUGUGGGGCCCACUCCCGGUUCGGAACGUGAUAGGCUGCGCCAGGGCGCGUUAUUGGCCAGUGAACCGAGCGGCUUGGCUCAAGAGAGGUGCUUGCCUUGAUCGAUGAUGGCUCUUCCUCAAGGACUGGUACACAC